AUGCUCAUCCGCAUCUUGCCCGUCCACCCCUCCCCGAACAUCCUCUUCACGCUCACCCUCCCGGACCCCACCCACGACGCGAAGGUCGACUGUCCCCCCGCAUGGCGCGCGCAGGCGAACAUGGUAGAGGAGAUGCAGGACGAAGGGUUCGGCGUCGAGGCCCCGCGAAACAUCCACGCAAUGGACAAGGCGGCGUGGCACAGCGCGCUCAUGACCGAGGUCGUCUUCGACGUGCCCGCGCGCACCGUGUCGUGCACCUUCGUCGACGGCGCGCACGUCACGUGGCCGCUGGCGCCCAAGGGCGACUCCGGCAAUUGCCUCGCCGCGCUCGAGGAGGUCGUCGAGGACGUGCAGGACUCCGCGGCGGAGCUCGAGCGCGAGCGCGCGCGGUACUCUGGCGACGCGUACCUGCACGAGAUCCCCAGCCCGACGGCGUCCACGUUCUCGAACGCGGGGCAGCAGCCCACGCAGUCUGUUUCGUCGAAGCACAAGCGGCAGAGGUCGCUCUUCUCGUCUAUUGUCUCCGCGCUCAAGGGUGCGCUCUCGGACGGCAGCUCAAGCCGGAACCCUACGCUGCCCUUGUCCCUGCCCCCGAUCAAGAUCCCUUCGUCCUCCUGCCACUCCCGCACCACUUCGACGUUCUCGCGGACGCAGCGCUCGCCCCCAAUGUCGCCUGUGACGGAGCGGCCUGUCUUCCAGCUCCGCGUGCGGCCGCGCGCGCCCAUCCCCCUCCCUGAGCACUGCAAGGUGCGCACGCACUCAGAACGCCUGCGGCAUCGCGCACGGUCCAAGCUGGUCGACACCCUGCGGAGAUACGUCUUCCCGAUGUUCUCGACCACGGACUCGCCCUCGUUCGCAUCGAUCGAGUGCGCCCCUGAGGUUCUCGCGCAGGAGUACGGUUUUCCGCCUGGGCUGUACCCGGCCUGGAUCGGGCGAAGCGUGCUGCGGAAGACGGAGGAGCGCAUGCGCGAGAUGAUCGUCGAGGCGAACGCGCACGGCUUCGGGCACCCGCUCGGCUACACGCUGAAGGGCCACCCGCAGACCGUCGCGCAGCUGCGCGACGCCGAGGACGAGGAGGACGACGCGUCCGCGGCGACGAGCCUCAGCACGACGAGCGUGAGCACGGAGACGGACGGCUCGUCCGUGCACACGCCGACGGACUCCCCCGUCCGCUCGCCGUUCUGCUCGGGCGUCGCGCCGCCGCCCGGCGGCCCCCCGCGCCUGUCCGCGCUCGAGACGAAGGCGCCGCCGCACGUCCCGCGGAGCCCGUCCCCGCCCUCGCCCGCGUUCGACUUCGACAUGUCGACGUACCACGUGCUCUCGUCGAUCCGCACGCGCCUGCUGCACCUCCUCGCGCGGCUGGACUCGUCGCCGCGCCAGAUCGGCGCGCGUUCGCGCUGCGGGUCCGACCUCACCAUCCUCGAGAUCAAGAGCCGGCGGCGCGCGUGGAGCUCGCGGGACUACGUCGGGGGCGCGCGGAUGAACCUCGUCGGGCUCGCGACGCCCGUCUACAGCUCGCCGCUCGCGCGCUGCGAGCCCGUCACCGCGGAGACGCUUGCGCGCAUGCAGGCACAGGCCUCCUCCGCGAGCCCGCAGUCCCCGGCGAGCCGCUCUUUGGGCGGUCUCGCGGACCUGAGCGAGGAGUUCGGCGUGAGCGCCAGCGUGAGGGUCGGCAUCCGGGCGGUGACGAAGGAGAUGGACGCGCAGCUGUUCCCUGUGUGCGAGGAAGAGGAGGACGAGCUGAUCCAGAACACGACGUUCUACCAGGCGUCGGCGGCGGGGUUCGCGCUCGACGACUGCCCGGACGACGACCUCUGGCGCGACAUGCGCGAGCUCGACCUCGAGAGCGGGCUGCUCGCGUUCCCGCGGCCCGGGCCGACGCCCCUCCAGAGCGGCGGCGCGAAGGCGCCGGCGUACGCGCACGUCGCGCACCCGAUGACGCGCACGCGGACGCAGAGCAUGCGCAAGGAGCACGCGCGGCUCCCGCAGAACGCGCUGCUGUGCCAGCCGCUGAACGUGAAGGUGCCGGUGCCGGUGAUGCUGGACCGGGGCGAGGCGUUCGACGAUGCUCUCCGGGUCGACGACAUCGAGCGCGAGGGGCUCGGCGGGGAGUUCACGCUGUCGAUGGACCUGCCGCCGCCGCGGCGAGGGUGGCUGCAGGACGACGCGGACGUGGCGUGCCGGUGACGGCGGACGCUGCGGCUCGUGUCGACCUUCGGUGUAUGCUCCUCUUCUUUCUCGUCAUCAUCGCCUGCUCUGUAUCAUAGCUUCGCGUCGCUUUUGGCCCUCCUGCGUCCUCCUUCGCGCUGGGUGGCGUGUGGCGGCCCAUGGUGGUUUAGCACGUUUCCCUUCUUCCUCGUGGACGGCCUAGCGGGCGGUCAGUUCUGUCUGAUGUGGCCCGGGUCGCAGAUCAGCUGCGCGACCUGAUCUCACGCUGGUCAUCACCUUCCGCUGUCGUCCUCGCCUUCUGUUCGAUCUAGCGUCGGCACCCAUCGAGUCCACUAGACGUCCCUUGGCACUUCUCCUAUCUCGUCCAUCCACGACGCCUCGUCAUCAUCUUCCAUCUCCUGAUUCGGAUUCCGUAUCGUAUCGUAUUCUCCGGUAUUCUGGCACGUUCGUCGACAUCCUCGGCUGCAUCAUCAUGGUCCCCUUCGCACAUCCAUCAUUCGAACAUCGGCCCGUCCAUCCAUUCAUCAUCGCUUCUGCCCACAUCCAUUCAGUGCUUUUGUCCAAUGUCCAUUGCUCUCGCAUCUGUUUUCGCAUAUAAUCACCUCCUUCCGCAUUCGCUGUAGAUAUACAUCGCAUAGUGCCCUGGUCCCUGGUCCCAGACUUCCGAGUGCGCGCGGGUCUGCUGGCCCGCCGCCCGCCUUACAGGGCUGCCCACUCACAACACAUACACAUAUCAACCCUUGCUCCUUCCGCCCAUCAUUAGCCCCCGUGGU